CUGUAACCAUGGUCUUUUGUAGAACCGCGCCCUGUCUUUUCCAUCCCUACCACCGUCGUCUCCUCUAGUCCGCCUUAGACCCUCCGACUCUGCGACCAUGUUGUCGUCGGCUGCGCACCGCUUGUUGCUCGCGCAGCUCUUCGCUUUAGCUGCUGCGGCACACCGAGAUUGGUGGCUGCAGGGACUCCCCAGUUGCUGGCAGAGCUGUCUGAGCAGUACAGACCAAGGCUGCAGUUCGACCAAGUGCAUCUGCAAGACAACCGACAACAGCGCUUCAUACCUCCCCGAUGCCGUCUCGUGCGCCGUGUCCCAGUGUGACGCAGACGAAUGGGCCCUCGACCUGGUCCUCGGGCCCCUCCAGCUCUACUGCACCGCAAUAGACUGUCCCAUACCUGACCAGGUCAUGGAGAGCGCGUCCGCAGCGGCUACCGAGACCAGGGAGCCAACCCAGACGACACCCAAAGCCCAAACUUCAACCAAGACGAAGAAAAGCACACAUCAGACUACGAACCGAAGCGACAAAGGGCAAGACUUGACGAGCACAGUCAAAACAACAAUUACAAGGACCACGACGGAUGGCGACGGGAACACACUUCAAGUGAUUGUGCCUAUCGUUAUGGGCCCAACAGGCAUCAGCACGGGCAAGAUGGUUACCUCUACUGUCGAAGGCCGGGCGAGCUCAACCAGAGCGCCUUCCUCAACACCAGCAUCACCCAGCCCUACUACUGCUCAAGCUCCCAGUGUUGCAUCUUCUUCGUCAGCACAAAGUUCGAGAGAAACGGAGCGUCCAGCGGGUGGGAACGGCAGCCCGUUCGAAAACAUGCAGGCUGGAGCAGGCACAUGGUCCGUCUCUGGACCACUCCUUGGCUUGGGAGCUCUUGCCGUACUGUUCGCGAGACUGUGAUGGUUGGGAUUACCAGCGAAGAGGUACAUAAUGAUGACUUUAGUAAUGGUACAUAUGAUGCAAAUGAGGGACGAUACCAAGGUUUACACGUUGGCUAUACUAUAGCCGUAAUGCGACUACUUCACAAUACUAGCUCUCAUCGCUGCAUGUGAAGAGAUGGCAUUCCGAGCGACGCUUGUCAAUCUGGCUUACUAGCUACUUCGGUCAUCUCACGAUCGUCUUUAUCCUUGUUAUUUUCGCCAUAUAGUCUAGCAGGACGUGGUGCAUUAAGCAGUACAACGUGCCCAGUCGCAUAGAUGAUGGAUCCAAACAGCCCUGGCCAGUCACAACGCGCACGUUGCCAAGCCUCGUUGAUCUCCGAAGGUGGUUCAGCAGGACCUCCCACAGCACAGCUCACUUCUAGUUUCUAGU